GUCCCCCUCAGCCCGCUGGCCCCGCGGCCCCUUCGGCCCCGCUCCCCUUGGCCCCCGAGCCCUCCCGCUCCCCGCGACCGCGGCUCCCCGCGGGCGCCGACGCUUUGUGACCGGGCUUUGGGGUUUGUCCCCGCAGGCAUUUCAUUUCCAGAGAUGUCUUUCAUCUUCGAGUGGCUCUACAACGGCUUCAGCAGCGUCCUGCAGUUCCUAGGUUUGUACAAGAAGUCUGGAAAGCUGGUGUUCCUGGGCUUGGAUAAUGCAGGGAAAACCACUCUGCUGCACAUGCUCAAGGAUGACAGGCUGGGCCAGCACGUCCCCACGCUACAUCCCACAUCAGAGGAGCUGACGAUUGCUGGAAUGACCUUCACAACUUUUGAUCUGGGUGGACAUGAACAAGCUCGCCGGGUCUGGAAAAACUACCUGCCUGCCAUCAAUGGGAUUGUCUUCCUGGUGGACUGUGCAGAUCACUCACGGCUUAUGGAAUCCAAAGUUGAGCUUAAUGCAUUGAUGACAGAUGAGACAAUAUCCAACGUGCCAAUCCUGAUCUUGGGGAACAAGAUCGACAGACCAGAGGCCAUCAGCGAGGAGAAGCUGCGCGAGAUCUUCGGCCUCUACGGACAGACCACGGGAAAGGGAAAUGUGCCACUGAAGGACCUGAACGCUCGGCCCAUGGAGGUGUUCAUGUGCAGCGUGCUCAAGAGGCAAGGCUACGGGGAGGGCUUCCGCUGGCUAUCGCAGUACAUUGACUGACACUGGCACGGACACGAGUUGUACUCCUCUGGACUGAUCCUCUUCACUUCAGCUUCCUAUGGACUUUUCUAUUAGAACGUGGAAGGCUUUCCAAGCGCAUCCUGGCGUUGUCCAAGAGACUCCUGGUUUCCAGCUGCCCCUGUGGCACAGUGGUGACAGCCCUCUUUUCCAGGCACCGUUCUUCAGUUGUCCCUGCCCCUUGGGGGCCAGCGGGGCUGCUCCAGCCUGGGAAGGCAAAGCUCUGCACGCUGCAGUGUAACAGCUGAAAAAGAGAGCACGUCUCACCACUGUGCUUAAUUGACUUCAAAAACAAACAAACAAAAACAGAAAAGGAAAAAGCAAUUAUAUUUUUUAAAGAAAGUGUUAAUGUAAAUGGCGUCCCUUCUAACUUUUUAGUUUAACGUUCAUCUUGUUUAGUCCAGAGUCUGGUUUAGGGUUUUUUAAAAAUCUAUUUAACGGUAUUUAGAUAUUUCACAAAUUACUGAACCAAGGUAUCACGAUAUUAGAAGUCCUCAAUAAACAUAGCAUUUGGGCUUAACUGAGCUGUAGGGUGGCUGUGCUGUGUCACGCUGACCGACGACGGCGCGGUGCCGUCGGGACUGAGGUGUGCAAUCCCAGCUUCUUUAGUUUACAGGGAUUUUUUGGUUUUUUCCUACUUGUGGAGGAGCACCUGGUGCAGGUGCUGGGGGUGGUGUGCAGUGGGAAGGGGCUGCCUGGUUCCCCCUCAGGCCAGACCCUCCGUUGAGGCUCCUCUGGCCACGCCAUCAGUGUGAACCACGGAGCUGUUUUGGUUGCUGUAGCAUGGAAGUGUUUGACAUUUGCAUAUCAUGAGGUGAUUAAUGUAGACUAAACCGGUUUCUUUUAUACUCUCAACGGACUUUUUUUUUUUUAAAUCUGAAGUUUCAUUGCUGUCUGGCACUCAUUUUCAGUUCAAUAAAGACAUGUCUCUCUCCUC